AUGUUAGGUAAUGUGGACAAAGUGUUCGAGGAUGUCACGGGUAGCAUCUACGGACUUCCAGGCUUCCAAGUGAAGUCCAUGGAUAGAAAAGGAGAACCUCUUGUCCAAGGCGCACGCGGUCAACGAUUUCUCGGGAAGGAUGAAUCAGAGGUCGACAGCGAGACUGUAUUCUGGGUUGCCUCUUGCACCAAAAUAGUGGUAGCUAUUGCUAUUCUGCAAUGUGUGGAACGAGGACUGGUGACCCUAGACACCAUACCCACGGAUAUACUACCGGAGCUGUCCAGACUACAAGUCCUCAGAGGGUGGACAGAGAAGAACGAACCCAUUCUUGAAGAUCCUCAGAGGCUCCCCACGGUCAGGGAGCUCCUCAGCCAUCAGAGCGGUAUAAGCGUCGACAUUUCAGAGCCCAUGCUACUAAAAUGGAACGAUUUGGGAGACUAUUUCCAGAAAUACAUCUUUGGACCUCUGGGUUUACAGAAUACAACGUUUGAGCCCCUCGAAGACCCUAAAUUCAGAGACCGACUCACUGCUACGCACUUGAGACAGCCGGAGGGCUCGUUAAGGGUGGCUGAUGUGAAUGCAGGCACACAAUACGCCAAGUCAGGUCAUCACAACGGAGGCGGAGGCCUUUGGAGCACGGCUAGUGAUCUCUGUCAGCUUCUUCGUGGGGUGUUCUUGGAUGAACAUCACUCGGGACUAUUAACCCAUGCCAGCGUCCACGAAAUUUAUAGGCCAUGCCUGGAUCACCCAGAGUACCUGGAGCAGAGAGUUGAGAAAAUGAAGCACGAAAAGCCUAUGCACAUCAACAUUCUACCACAAAUUCCGACCGACGUACCCAAAAGCUUCGGUCUCGGAGUGGCCAUCAACCUUGCCGAUCUGGACACUGGCCUGAGUGCAGGCAGCUUUCAGUGGAGUGGAUUCCCCAAUUGUUACUGGGCAAGUCAUGGAAAAUACAACAGUCUACAGUGGAAUCGGCGCUGA